AGAAUUUGUGACUUCCUAUAUGCAUAUAUGUAUUUACUUGUUGACAAACCAUGACCGUAAAAGAUUUAAUGAAUUUUUUUCCUAAUAAAUUUAAAAAAAAAAAACAAAAUUUUAAUAUAUUACCUUAAAAUAAACAUAUUAUAUUCGACAUUUAUUUUUGUAAUAUAACAUUACAAACAAGAGACCGAAAUUCUAAACUAGAACUCAAAAAGAGAGAUAUUUAUGUCGAACCAUUCACGCUACGGUUAGAAUGUUAGCUCUCGGUUGACAUCAAAUGACUUCUAAUUUUUUAACGAUAGAAAACGGAUAAAAAGUAGCCACUAAAAAGAAAACCAAUCUCUAAUUGACUUAGAGAGAGAAAGAAGGAGAGAGAGAGAGAGAAGGUGGUAGUUGUGCUUGUAUGUCUCUCCCUAGUUUGUUGCCAAGCAUUGAUCUCUCAACCAUUGAAUUAAAAGAGAAACUCAACUAAAUUUGCAGCCUUUAUUGCAAACACUUUUUCCACUUAAACCCUUCAACUAUUUCUUUCUUACACAUUCACACCACAAUCUAUUGCACCAAAGAACACCAAAAAAAAAAAACAAAAAAAAGAAAAAAACUGCAAUAUUUUCUCUAAACCCAGACCCCAAAAACCUCGAAAUUCAAAGGAAAAAAGUACCCAUUUCUUGAUUGCUUCAAUUCAUUACAAAAAAUUUGUUGUUGUUGAAGAAAGAUUGGAUUCAAAAUGGUUAGAGCUCUGGUUCAGCAAAGCGUUCAGCAAUCAAGAUCAUUCCAAUUCAAGAGAACCGUGGAGCUUCCUGGAAGAAAAACCCAUAGUUUGAUUUUAGAGAGUGGACAAGAGGGUCAUGGUUCAAGAGAUUCUUCAGAAUCCCAAAGAAUUGGAUGGUCAUUGAGUGACAAUAAAGGCCCGGUUUCGUGUUUCGACGGACAUGGUAUCAGAGCAAGAGGUCUACGAUGUCAACCUACCUCUGAUUUGGAAUUGAUGAUAGCAAAGUUUGCUAAAUUGCUUUUGGGUGAGGAUAUGUCUGGAGGUGGAAAGGGUGUUUCUUCUGCCCUGGCUUUGUCUAAUUCUAUAACAAACCUAGCAGCAUCUACUUUUGGGGAGCAGAAGCUCGAGUCGUUAUCUUCGGAGAAGAAAACGAGAUGGAGAAGAGAAAUAGAAUGGUUUUUAUCUGUAACCGAUCACAUUGUUGAAUUUGUCCCUUCAAAACAAAGGACAAAAGCUGGAAUAGACAUGGAGAUCAUGGUGACUUUACAAAGGAAUGAUUUGCUCAUGAACAUUCCAGCACUUAGAAAACUAGAUGCCAUGUUAAUUGGUUACCUGGAUCAAUUUGGUAAACUAGAUGAAUUUUGGUAUGUAUCAAGAGAUGAUGAAUCUAUUACAGAUUAUACACACAGGGAUGGAGACAAAUGGUGGCUACCAGCAGUUAAGGUACCUCCGAACGGGCUAUCCGAAGUUACUCGGAAAUGGCUGCUGUUUCAGAAGGAAUCUGUGAACCAAAUUCUAAAAGCAGCCAUGGCCAUAAAUGCUCAGGUCUUGACAGAAAUGGAAGUACCAGAAAGCUACAUUGAGUCUCUCCCAAAGAAUGGGAAAACAAGCUUGGGAGAUGCAAUCUACAGGAGCAUAACAGAUGAUUAUUUUAAUCCAGAGGAAUUCCUAAAAUCAAUGGACUUGUCAACAGAAUACAAAGUGAUUGAUCUUAAGAACAGGAUUGAGGCCUCAAUUGUGAUAUGGACGAGGAAGAUGCAUCAAAAGGAUGGAAAGUCCACAUGGGGUUCAGCAGUGAGCUUUGAGAAAAGAGAGAUUUUUGAAGAGAGAGUUGAAAGCAUCUUGUUCUUAAUUAAACAAAGAUUUCCAGGGAUUUCUCAAUCUGCUCUUGAUGUAUCCAAAAUCCAACAUAACAAGGAUGUAGGACAAGCAAUCCUAGAAAGCUAUUCAAGGGUGAUAGAAAGCUUGGCUUUUAAUAUCAUGUCCAGGAUUGAGGAUGUACUUUAUGCAGACACUGUUGCUCGAGAAUUGUUGAUCGAGCAGUCGUUUGAGAAUGUUUCUGUGGAUACAGAGAAGCAGCUGAGUCCCAAUGGCUCCCCACCUUCAAAGACACUCUCAGAUUUCAUGGGUUGGGACGAUGACAAUGAUAAACUUAAUACAGAAUCAUUGUCCACUAAGGAGAGUUGCUGUAAAGAAGACGUGACCCUUAUGAGCAAAGCUGCUGAUGUUGUAAAACCAAAAAAAUUGUCUUACUUAGAGAAGCUUGAGAAUUUAAGUGCUUUAAGAAGUCCAACAGCUCGCCAUUAAUCAAAAGGUAGAAACUGAAGGAGAGAGGUAAAAAAGGAGAGGUAAGAAAAGGUAAAAAGGGAGAAGCUAAAAAGAAGGGAUAUAGUGUGAUAUUUUGAAGUUUCACCCAAUGUAAAAAUUCAGACCCAUGUAGGAUUCUAUUAACCUAUUCUUUUGUAGGACUUCCUUCUAGC